GGUGGCCAAGUUGGAAAAGCACUUGAUGCUUCUUCGACAAGAGUAUGUCAGAUUGCAGAAAAAGCUGGCAGAAACAGAGAAAAGAUGCAGCCUUUUGGCUGCACAAGCAAACACGGAAAACAACAAUGAAUCCUUCAUCAGCCGCCUGCUGACCAUUGUCGCAGACCUCUUUGAGCAAGAGCAGUAUAGUGAUCUGAAGAUAAAAGUUGGGGGCAAACACAUCCAUGCCCAUAAGUUCGUCCUGGCAGCCCGAAGUGACAGCUGGAGCCUGGCCAGUUUAUCUUCCACUGAGGAGCUGGAUCUGUCAGAUGCCAACCCUGAGGUGACAAUGACAAUGCUUCGCUGGAUCUAUACGGAUGAAUUGGAGUUCCGAGAAGAUGAUGCAUUCCUGACUGAGUUGAUGAAACUAGCUAACCGUUUUCAGCUACAGCUCCUUAGGGAGAGAUGUGAGAAAGGUGUUAUGUCUCUGGUGAAUGUCAGGAACUGUAUUCGCUUCUAUCAGACAGCAGAGGAACUGAACGCCAGCACACUGAUGAACUACUGUGCAGAAAUUAUUGCAAGCCACUGGGAUGACUUACGGAAGGAGGACUUCAGCAGCAUGAGUGCCCAGCUGUUAUACAAAAUGAUCAAAUCCAAGACUGAGUACCCAUUACAUAAAGCUAUCAAAGUAGAGAGAGAAGAUGUGGUCUUCCUUUAUCUCAUUGAAAUGGAUUCACAGCUCCCUGGGAAGCUGAAUGAAGUGGAUCACAAUGGAGAUCUUGCUUUAGAUUUGGCCCUUUCACGAAAACUAGAGAGCAUCGCCUCCACACUGGUUAGCCACAAAGCUGACGUGGACAUGCUAGACAAGAAUGGCUGCAGCUUGUUGCAUAAAGGAAUCCAAAGAGGAGAUCUCUUCACUGCCACUUUCCUCAUUAAGAAUGGGGCCCUUGUCAAUGCUGCUACAUUGGGUGCCCAGGAGACACCAUUGCACCUUGUGGCAUUGUACAGUCCAAAGAAACACUCAGCAGAUGUGAUGUCUCAGAUGGCACAGAUUGCAGAGGCUCUCUUACAGGCUGGCGCAAACCCCAAUAUGCAAGAUAGCAAGGGCAGGACACCCUUACACUUGUCUAUCAUGGCCCGGAACGAAUAUGUUUUCAGUCAGUUGCUGCAGUGUAAACAAUUAGAUUUAGAACUGAAAGAUCAUGAGGGCAGCACGGCUCUGUGGCUUGCGGUACAGUACAUCACUGUGUCUUCCGACCAGUCUGUCAACCCCUUCGAAGACCUCCCUGUGGUAAACGGGACUUCAUUUGAUGAGAACAGCUUUGCCGCCAGACUUAUUCAGCGUGGCAGCAACACAAAUGCACCUGAUACAGUAACAGAAAAUUGCUUACUGCAGAGGGCAGCUGGAGCCGGAAAUGAGGCAGCAGCUCUUUUUCUGGCAACCAACGGUGCCCAUGUCAACCACAGAAACAAGUGGGGAGAAACCCCACUGCACACAGCCUGUCGACAUGGCCUAGCCAACCUCACUGCAGAGCUUCUGCAGCAGGGUGCCAACCCAAACCUGCAGACAGAUGAAGCUCUGCCCUUGCCAAAGGAGGCCGCAUCCCUGGCCAGCUCAGUGGACAGCAUCUAUCUGCAGACACCACUGCACAUGGCGAUUGCCUAUAAUCAUCCAGAUGUGGUAUCUGUCAUCCUUGAGCAGAAAGCUAAUGCUCUCCAUGCCACCAACAACUUGCAAAUCAUCCCAGACUUCAGCCUUAAGGAUUCUCGAGACCAGACUGUUCUGGGCUUGGCAUUAUGGACUGGCAUGCAUACUAUCGCAGCCCAGCUGCUGGGCUCUGGGGCUUGCAUCAACGACACCAUGUCAGAUGGGCAGACCUUGCUGCACAUGGCCAUGCAGCGGCAGGACAGCAAAAGCGCCCUCUUUCUGCUAGAGCACCAAGCAGACAUAAAUAUCAGAACUCGGGAUGGGGAAACGGCUCUUCAGCUGGCCAUCAGAAACCAGCUCCCACUUGUUGUGGAUGCCAUAUGCACACGAGGAGCUGACAUGUCUGUGCCAGAUGAGAAGGGGAACCCUCCUCUGUGGCUUGCAUUGGCAAGUAACCUGGAGGACAUCGCAUCCACUCUGGUCAGACAUGGUUGUGAUGCCACUUGUUGGGGUCCAGGACCUAGUGGGUGCCUCCAGACACUCCUGCACAGGGCCAUUGAUGAAAACAAUGAGUCCACUGCCUGCUUUCUUAUUCGCAGUGGCUGCAAUGUAAAUAGUCCCAGGCAACCGGGUGCUAAUGGAGAAGGAGAGGAAGAGGCCAGAGAUGGGCAGACCCCUUUGCAUUUGGCAGCGUCUUGGGGACUGGAAGAGACAGUACAGUGUCUUCUGGAAUUUGGUGCCAAUGUAAAUGCACAGGAUUCAGAAGGAAGAACCCCUGUCCAUGUGGCCAUCAGCAACCAACACAGUGUUAUUAUUCAGCUGUUGAUAUCUCACCCUGAUAUCCACCUGAAUGUGCGAGACCGACAAGGCCUGACCCCUUUUGCCUGUGCCAUGACUUACAAGAACAACAAGGCAGCUGAGGCCAUCCUAAAACGAGAGCCUGGGGCUGCUGAACAGGUGGAUAACAAGGGCCGGAAUUUUCUUCACCUGGCAGUUCAGAACUCUGACAUUGAAAGCGUCCUAUUCCUGAUCAGUGUCCAGGCUAAUGUGAACUCCAGAGUCCAGGAUGCUUCUAAGCUGACCCCUUUGCAUCUUGCUGUCCAGGCAGGCUCAGAAAUCAUUGUCCGCAAUCUGCUUCUUGCAGGAGCCAAAGUGAAUGAAUUGACCAAGCACCGCCAGACGGCCCUCCAUCUUGCUGCCCAGCAGGACCUGCCCACAAUCUGUUCUGUUCUCUUGGAAAACGGAGUAGACUUUGCUGCUGUGGAUGAGAAUGGCAACAAUGCUCUCCAUCUCGCUGUCAUGCAUGGGCGGCUGAACAACAUCCGAGCCCUUCUGACUGAGUGCACUGUAGAUGCUGAAGCCUUUAAUCUGAGAGGCCAGUCGCCAUUGCACAUUUUGGGACAGUACGGCAAAGAGAAUGCGGCAGCUGUCUUUGACCUCUUCGUAGAGUGCAUGCCCGAGUAUCCCCUGGAUAAGCCAGAUGCAGAAGGAAACACAGUGCUGCUUUUAGCAUACAUGAAAGGAAAUGCCAACUUGUGCCGCGCCAUUGUUAGAUCUGGGGCUCGUCUUGGAGUGAAUAAUAACCAGGGAGUCAACAUUUUCAACUACCAAGUUGCCACCAAGCAACUUUUGUUUAGACUGUUAGAUAUGCUAUCCAAGGAGCCUCCAUGGUGUGAUGGUUCCAACUGCUACGAGUGCACUGCCAAGUUUGGAGUCACAACUCGAAAACAUCAUUGUCGUCACUGCGGACGUCUUCUUUGCCACAAAUGUUCGACCAAGGAGAUUCCUAUUAUAAAAUUUGAUCUGAACAAGCCUGUGCGAGUUUGCAACAUUUGCUUUGAUGUACUAACUCUGGGAGGAGUCUCUUAGUGAGACCCCAAAAUGUCCAUACCAUUUCCCUGGUCUCCCCAGCAGCUGCUCUGCUCACCAGCCUGACCCCACCCAGAGCAGGAGCUGGCAGUCUUCCUGCGGCAAUAGACUGGAAUAAUUAAGGACCACGGUGUGAUAGACCCCACGGGAAUGAUUCUGUAUGAUUGUCAGUGUGUCAGACUGCGACCAAGUUCACAGAUCGGACCAGGCCAUUUAGCCUAACUGGUAAAUAUGAUAGGAAUUAGGCUCUUUCUGCUAACAACAUACAAGGACAUAAUCCAAAACCAUUUUCCCUUUCCGUAGCUUAGUGUCCCUCUCAAGAGCAUUCACAAAGUCUUCCCCUCUGGGCUGACUUACUAGGCAGAGCUGGUGUGUGGCUUGUCAAUGAGAGCUGAGUUUACUCUGCGUAAGUGACUGUGGACUUUUCUGCACAGUGUUUUCAUAAAGUGAAUAGGAUCCUCUUGCCCUGAAUUUGUUUUGUUGUUAUUGUAAAAGUGAAACUGUAUUUUUCAUCAGCUAUCCCUUAAAAAAAAAAAAAAGUGAAAUCUUUCUAAACAGGGUUCAAAGAUGAGAGCUGAAAAACUGUGGCCUUAACAACUGAAAGCUUUACCAGUAUUCAUGUCACUCAGGUGUCAGGAGUGCAGUUUGGCAGCUUGACACCUCCUUGCAGCCGGUUCACUCUCAUCUUGCUGUGUCCUGUCAGUCACUCUGCCGCUGGAAAGUGGUGGAGGAAAUGCACUUUUCCUGUGCUGCACUUUCUGUAGAGUCACAUUAUUGUUGAUUCCAAUUUAAAAAACCAUAUUCAAAAACCACUCCCAUGCAUUUGAGUCUUAAACAAAAACAACUUCUGCAGACUGUCGUGUGUGGAGUAAGAGUCACACAAGCCAACUGAUAAAAAGGGAAAUCCCUCAUGUCAAGCUGGGAAACCCCAUCUCCUUGACUUGAAUGCUUCCUGCUGAAAUCUAGUUAGAUACAUUAGAGCUGUUGGUCCUUAGUCCCAGUCUCCUUAACAUUCUGUCCUGCCCUAUACAGUCAGCUAUCCAAGGCCCUGGCCAAACAUGUGUGAUUCGGUUUUGGCCUUGUAUGAUGAACAAGGCCCCCAGAAUUUGUUGGGCUUUAGUUGCUGCUAGUACUUAUAUAUAUUAUCCCUGAGGUAUUAAGCUUCUUCUCUUUUGAAAGUUUGGCCAGUUUUUUUUUUUUUUAUUUUUUUAUGCACAUUUAAAAAGAAACUUCUAACACUGCUAAAAACAAACAAAAAACAAACCUGAGAUGAACAGUGUGUUGUGCAUUUAUAUUCUGAGAUUAAUGAUCUCAGUCAGACAUGCUGAUUUUGCUUUCAGACAUUUAAUGACCACUACAUUUGUUUUGCAUUAAUGAGGUAUGGAUAUAUGUGUAAAAGGGAAUAUAUAUAUAUAUAUAUAUAUAUAUAUAUAUAUAUAUAUAUAUAUAUAUUUUGCAAUAGCUUGUUUGUUUUAGAUAGAGGUAUGUUCUCAAUGUUGCUGUAGACUUACUUUCUGUUGUCUAAAUUUGUGUGUAAAAUGAACUGGUAAACCAGAGUGUUACUUUUUUUUUUUCUCAUAUUUCUGUGAUUUAUAAGAUAUAUGUUUUCUAUGUUAAUGAGCUUGUGUUCAAUGUUUAAAAGAGAAUUUUACCUAGAAGAGGUCCCCUGUCCCCUAAAAUCAGUGAAGCAUUUCAUAUCAAAUUUUUAUAGAAAAAUAACACACUUGAUCAUGUGAGGUGUGUGGUCAGGUUUCAGUUUCUGUUGCCCGAAUAGGGCUAUAAAGAAGGUUGAACUUAGGUGAUUCGAUUCUGUAAAUGGAAAGUGAGAUCAUUAUGCUUCUGGUAUGAAUUGAGGUGAUCGGUACUUUUAUACUCAACAUACAUGGUAGAGAGAGGACAGGAACUUACAAGGAUGACGCUGAUGAUGCCUUUGUCCUACCAUACCAAUUUAAGUCUUAUCUCUUGAUUGCACUUAAGAUCAUGUUUAAAAUCUGUUAACUCAAGCUUCUGUUUCCAGAGACAUGGGAUAGUUAUAGUACUGAGCAGUCAUGAUUGGUGGUACUAUUUUUAUUUUAUUUUUUUGCCUCAAGGGUUAUUGCUGGGGUUCGGUGCCUGCACUAUGAAUCCACUGCUCCUGGAGGCCAUUUUUCCCAUUUUGUUGCCCUUGUUAUUGUUGCCACUGCUGCUGCUGUUAUUGGAUAGGACAGAGAGAAAUGGAGAGAAAGAUAGACACCUGCAGACCUGCUUCACCCCCCAUGAAAUGACUCCCCUGCAGGUGGGGAGCCAGGGGCAUGAUCUGCUACACUACCACCCGAGUCCCAGAACUAUUGUUUUGAGUUGUACACUGGCUUCAGAGUGCAUUCCCGUAGAGCUAGAAAUGAAAUGAAUGAAAUGAGCACCUUUCCAUGAUCUUAUGAAAUCUCCUUGACUUUGCUGAUGCUCAAUGGACUGCGCUCAGCAGAUUCCUUGAGUGGCACCUGCCUUGGUGGGAUUCCCCAUGCAAUGCCCUGGCUGGGACUGUACAUGUUCAGUCUCCUUUGUGCUCUUCAAGCUGUCAAGACUUGACAAAAGAACUGCCUGGCUGUUCUUAUUGCCAUUUAAUACAUAGCUUAAUACGAGUAGCAGAAGUUCAUUUUUACUCAUUCAGAAAUUUGCCAAGUGUGAAUGAGUAGACCAGGAAGACUAAACUUUAUUGAAAUAGAACUUGCUGCUUCAGUCACCAUUGCUAUAUUGAACUAGCUUUUGAUUGCUUCUUGCUUAUCACCAGAAUAUACAGUGUAUUCUUAACAGCCUUUUCUUUAAACAAAAUGAAGGUACAAACCAUGUGCUCCAUAUAAAUCAAAUGACUAAAACUAACUUGCUAUGAUCCUCUAACACAGGAGUUUCCCUUAAACAUAAGUGCCUACAUUUAGGACUUUUUAACUCUCACUUUUAUCUUUUUGGUGGUGUCUUGCUGAAUGAUGUCUUAGAACGUGUGUUCCCUGUGGAGUUUGUUGCUUGUGCACUGUCAAUCCCAAUUACCAGUUGAGUAGAGGCUAGAUUAGACUGCACAGCUCCCUUGCCAUAUUCUCUCCAGGAGUGGGGUCCAUGAGACCAUAGGUCCUCUACCUCAGAGCCCUGAGUCAUUUCUGACCUCCCCAUUCAGCUUCCUCACGCCUCUCCCUGAAUGGGGUCCCUGCAUGGAGAUCAGCGUGCUUGUGGGUUCACCACUCCUCCCAAUUCACAUCCCACACCUGGUAUAUUGAAUGAUAUUGUGCUAAGUUUAUUUGAUUUUUUUUAAACUUUAUUUUAUUUUAAUGAAAGGGAGAGAGAUGCAGAGAGAAAGACCAGACCACUGAUCAGCUCUGGCUUAUGGUGGUGCUGGAGAUUGAACCUGGGAGCUCAGAACCUCAGCCAUGAAAGUCUUUUGCAUAACCAUUAUACUGUCUCCUUGGCCCAAUACUGUACCAGUUUUUUCCAAAGGUAUGGAGUAGAGGGAAAGUCUACAGUUAGAGAAGGUUGGUCACCAUCUAGGUUUCUUUAAUAUAGAGAAAAUAACACUAUUGAACUAUACAAUGCAUAGACCUCAAAGGCGAACCAACUCUCCAGGUGACAGUAGCAUGAGCAAGUAAAUAGUGUAGUAUUUCCAUGACAGACCUACUUGGAACUUACAGGUUGAAUCUGUGAAUGAACUCUUGAAACAAGCUUUCCUCCAGGACCUGGGAUUGCUUCCCUCAAGACAAGCCCUGGAAGGAACUGGGCAUGCAAGCCUAGUACCUCUUGAUCUGAAGCACCAAAGCUCCUACCCCAGCAAGAAGAGCAAGCAGAAGGGAAACAGCUUUCUAAAGGGGUUUAGAAGACACAUUCUUAUUUUGCAGACGUGAUUUAGUUAGAAAUUGACUGACAAGAUAUAAACUAACAAUUCCCAGAAAUUAUCAUAAUGCCUUAAAAGACUUUUCUUUGGAAGAUCAUGGCCUGUACAAUUCCUUUUUGUGUGUGGCAUAAUAAUAUAUUACCCUGUUACAACUGACAACAUUGGUUUCUGUAGCUCGGGAAUCUUGAGUAACUUGAUGACUUGCCCUUUUUUGGCAAAUGUAUAGAGUUGGUUGUUACCAGCACUUACCUGUGUGAUACCAAGAAGAGAGGCAGUAGCUGGGCAAAGACUAGAGGCACACAUUUGGGCUGAUCACCUGACUUCCAAACUGUUUGGGUGGUGCUCAGUAUGGAGUGAUGGCAUCAAAUAGGACCAUAGCGCUUAUCAGCAUUGUUUCUUUGGAAUCCGUGUAAUGGAAUGUAUUUUUCAAAUAUUGAUAUUUGCAUUUUCUGUAACAAUUCCUUAUAAUAAAAUGAGGUAAAAUUGUG